AUGGAUGUCACGUGUAAUGGUACGGAUGUCACGUGUAAUGGUACGGAUGCCACGUGUAAUGGUACGGAUGCCACGUGUAAUGGAACGGAGGCUACGGGUAAUGGUACGGAUGCCACGUGUAAUGGUACGGAGGCUACGAGUAAUGGGACGGAUGCCACGUGGAAUGGUACGGAUGCCACGUGUAAUGGUACGGAGGCCACGGGUAAUGGUACGGAUGGCACGUGUAAUGGUACGGAUGUCACGGGUAAUGGUACGGAUGCCAAGAGUAAUGGUACGGAUGCCACAUGUAAUGGUACGGAUGCCACGUGUAAUGGUAGGGAUGCCACGUGUAAUGGUACGGAUGCCACGUGUAAUGGUACGGAGGCUACGAGUAAUGGUACGGAUGCCACGUGUAAUGGUACGGAUGUACCGUGUAAUGGUACGGAUGUCACGUGUAAUGGUACGGAUGUCACGUGUAAUGGUACGGGUGUCACGUGUAAUGGUACGGAUGUCAUGUGUAAUGGUACGGAUGUCACGUGUAAUGGUACGGAUGCCACGAGUAAUGGUACGGAUGUCACGUGUAAUGAUACGGAUGUCACGUGUAAUGGUACGGAUGUCACGUGUAAUGGUACGGAUGUCACGUGUAAUGGUACGGAUGUCACGUGUAAUGGUACGAAUGCCACGAGUAAUGGUACGGAUGCCACGUGUAAUGGUAGGGAUGCCACGUGUAAUGGUACGGAUGUCACGAGUAAUGGUACGGAUGUCACGUGUAAUGGUACGGAUGUCAUGUGUAAUGGUACGGAUGCCACGUGUAAUGGUACAAAUGCGACGAGUAAUGGUACGGAUGCCACGUGUAAUGGUACGGAUGUCACGUGUAAUGGUACGGAUGUCACGUGUAAUGGUACGGAUGUCACGUGUAAUGGUACGGAUGUCACGUGUAAUGGUAUGGAUGUUACGUGUAAUGGUACGAAUGCCACGAGUAAUGGUACGGAUGUCGCGUGUAAUGGUACGGAUGCCACGUGUAAUGGUACGGAUGUCACGUGUAAUGGUACCGAUGUCACGUGCAAUGGUACGGAUGUCAGGUGUAACGGUACGGAUGUCACGUGUAAUGGUACGAAUGUCACGUGUAAUGGUACGGAUGUCAAGUGUAAUGGUACCGAUGUCACGUGGAAUGGUACGGAUGCCACGUGUAAUCGUACGGAUACCACGUGUAAUGGUACGGAUGUCAGGUGUAACGGUACGGAUGUCACGUGUAAUGGUAUGGAUGUUACGUGUAAUGGUACGACUGCCACGAGUAAUGGUACGGAUGUCGCGUGGAAUGGUACGGAUGCCACGUGUAAGGGUACGAAUGCCACGUGUAAUGGUACGGAUGCCACGUGUAAUGGUACGGAUACCACGUGUAAUGGUAUGAUGCCACGUGUAAUGGUACGGAUGUCAGGUGUAAUGGUACGGAUGUCACGUGUAAUGGUACGGAUGUCACGUGUAAUGAUACGGAUGCCACGUGUAAUGGUAUGGAUGUCACGAGUAAUGGUACGGAUGCCACGUGUAAUGGUAUGGAUGUCACGUGUAAUGGUACGGAUGUCACGUGUAAUGGUACGGAUGUCACGUGUAAUGGUACGGAUGUCACGAGUAAUGGUACGGAUGUAA